UGGAGCGAGGUGCGUGCGUCACGGUGCGCACUGAAAACCAAAGACAUGGACCAACUCGCUUUGAAUGGCAGCCUCUACAGUGACUGAAAGAAGUUGUUAUGCUUCUGAGAUAAGGGUAAGACAUGGCCAUGGCGGGGAAGCCUUUCAGGGCAACCUACAUCUGGGGCAGCAUUAUCUCCAACCUGCACACCCACGUGGAGGUCAAACGGCGCAGACACAACCUCAAGUCCUACCACGACUGCUUUUUGGGCUCAGAGGCUGUAGACGCAGUCCUCACACACAUCACACUCAUGCGCUUCUUUGGAGAGGAGGCCGUGCCGCGUUAUAAGGCUGUUCGUCUGUGCCAGGCCCUUAUGGACUCCAGAGUGUUUGAACCAGUUGGGACUAAAGUUGUUUUUGGAAAGGACAAGAAGCAACCAACCUUUGAGGAUAGCAGCUGUAGUUUGUACCGGUUUCUGAGUCCAGGGAGCAGCUCAUUAAACUACUUAUCGUCAGAGCACAAUGAAAGUGGAUAUGAAUCCCCAGGAAUCAAAUGGAACAAGAACAGUCCAACACGUGAAAGACAAGAGGUGAAGCAUGGAUUUUUCUUCAAGUCGCCAACAGACAUAUCUCUGGAAGAAGUGCUAAAAAACCUAGACCUGAGUGCAAACGUCACACCACAGAUGAUCAACCUUGGAUUAUCUCAAGACAUUAUGGAUGAGUUGUGGCACCAGCAGGCUGUGUUCAGGCUGUUGCAGCUGAUAGAGCUCCCCCUGUUGGAGAGUUUGUUAGAGGGAAAGGGUCCAUCAGAGUCCAAAAUGAAUGGCACAAGCAGUGACACAGAUGUCAUGUGCACGUCAAGUUACCUCGACAGAGAAGUUCUCAAGGCUUUUAGUGAAGCACAGGCGGAUGAGUGGAUGUCUGCUGCAGUGGACUGUCUGGAGUUUGUACCUGAUGAGUUGGUCGUAGAGCUGAGCCGUGGUUUGGCCCGCUGUGCCGAUGACCUGCUCCAGUGUAAGAAGCUGCUCUAUCAGAUUCUAGCUGAACAUUAUGGACAUGCUCAACAGCCGCCUCUGUUGUGUAACUACAUUUUUGAUAUCCACUCUGGCAUCUCUGAACUUCUUGUAAAUGGAAAGCAAGAACAAGCUCUGGAGGCCUUCCAGUUGAGUCUGAAGAUCCAGGACUCUCAAAGAAGGGAAGAGCUGCGCAGGCUGCUCAGGUUUAUGGCAAUUGCAUCCACAUCACUGGAACUUAAGCUCCACAAGGAGAUUGAAAACAGAAUGGCUGUAAAAAGAGCCUUCUCAAAUGCCAUUGUGUACAGCAGAAAACUGCCUAAAGGAAAAGUAGAUCUAAUGGUGCUAUUUAUGAUGGAUAACCAUCAUGAUUUGUUUAAAACACCUUUGACUUUACACAAGUUGGUUACUGACAAAAUAAUUACCAUAGUUAAAGGAGAGGAUCCAAACAAUAUGAGUGAUACAACAUAUUGCAAUAGAAUAAGUUCUAAAGAAUAUGCAGAAAAUGCUCAAAAAAACACAAAAGAAGAAUUGUUAUCAUUGCUACAGACUAUCCAUGAAAAUCCCCAUCUUUCAGCUAGUAAAAAAAGAAGACUUUUGGGACAGUUUUAUAAAGGCCAUCCAGAAAUAUUUGUUCAGUAUUUUGGAAAUAGAUUAUCUGCGGUCAAUAUGUUACUAAGGUGAUAUUUAUAUUUCUCAAAAGACAUUAAUUUUAAAAGUAUGUUCAAUAUUUAUUUUUUGUCAGGUUAAUAGGUUAAGAUCCCUGUGUAAAUGUUACAUACAGGAGGAGGUUGCAUAGCAAAACACGGCAUUAUUAGCAAAUGACCAGAGAUUGUGUUUGAAGACAUUUGGCUGCAC